AAUUUGAACUCCCUAAUAUCAGAAUCAUAGUAAAACAUUGUUAAACAUUUAAACAGUAAAAUAAUGCAAACGUAAAAUAAAAAAGUAUUCUUUCAUUUGACUGCAAAAAAAAACAAUUUUCAAUUUCAUCUCAAAGGAUUUCAAAAAAAAAUACAGUUCCCCAAACAUGGAUUUAUUAAAUUUUCUAAACACUCUGCAAAUUAUUCAUAUUAUUACACUUUACACCUGCAUUAAUGGUGAUGGAUCUAUUUUACAAUCUCAACAUAUGCCGUCUAAACUUAAUGAAACUUUAAAUGUCACUGAAUCAACUAAGGAACAAUUAAUAAGAAAAAAAGAAAUUGAACGUCUCACAGAUUUAGAAAUGGAUGAGCCAGAAUUAUUUUAUAAUUUAACGCAUCCAAAUAGUUUUCCAAAGAAUUGCACAAAUUUAAAACAAAAGAUGAGACACCUCUACAAUUCGACUAAUAAUUCUUUAUCUCGCAAAUUAUGGUUUAAUUUUGUUUUAAAUAAGUCAAUUAACUAUUACAGAAAACGUAAUCUUUCAUCUUCUUUAAGAUUUGAAGAUUAUUUUGCCAUCAGAUAUUAUUCCAUUAAAGGAAACCAUGAAAUGAGAUUUGAUACGGAUAUAUCGAGACGAAUGAAGAAUGCUCUUUUUAGUGUGGCAAUUACACAAUCCAGUGAUCCAAAUGAAAAAAUAGCUUUUAAAUUAUUUAGAGGACAAACUAAACCAACAACGUGGUUCAACAAAAAAUUUAACGAAACAACUAAGGAAUUAGAAUGGGAUGCAAUGACUGAAACAACGUCAACGCGAAUAGAGGCACAACUUAAUGCAGGAGAUGGAAAAUUUUCAGACGUAUAUAAUGAAAUGACGGAAGGUGUUUAUGAAAUAAAUUUUUCAAAACCAUAUUUGAGUGCAAAUAUCAAGGAUUAUAUUUAUUUCAAUGAAAAUAAUGUGACAGUUCUACUUCCAGAAUCAAAAUUCUUUAUUAACGAUACAGAUUUUUACAAAGAAUCAGAGACAAAUGAUUAUUAUAGAUUUUGGAGUCAACGAAAUUCUCCGUCAAAUCAACUUUUGACAAUUAAAAUGACAUACAAUGAUGAAAAUAUGGAUUUAUUUCAUCAGCAGAAGAGAGUUAUGAGCAAAUUGAAAAAAUUACGAGAAACGGGAACACAGUUUUAUGUAUGUUAAUUAUUAUCUUUGUUCAAUAUUUCGGAACGAAUGAAUAAAUUUUAAAAAUCAUUAGUUAAAAUUUUCAGUUUCUAGAAUUUUAUUUAAUAUUUAAUUAUUUUUGAGCCGAAUUUUUAUUUGUUCGAAUUAUUAUUUUGCAGAAUUUUCAUUAAAUUCUAUCAAUAAUAAUUCGAAAAAAUAAAAAUUCAUCUAAAUUAAAAUUCUAUGUAGUGAAAUUCUACACCAUAAUAAAAAUUCAUUAAAAUGGUUAUUAUGUUGUAUGAAAAUUCGAGCAAAUAAAAAUUCUGUAAAAU